AUGCAUCAACCAUUGAUUGAACCGGAGGGAGGAAUGGAGGAGGCAUCAUCAAAACCUUUGUGGGUCAAGAUUCCUGUGUGGAGGACCAUGGCCUGGGAAGCAUACAAAAGCAAACCAAUCUCUCAUUGGAUUCUUCUGCUUCUAAGCAGUGGAGCAAUGCUUGUGGCAUUCCCAGCUUCUAGCCUCUUGUCUCGUGUCUAUUUUGCCAACGGGGGCAAGAGCAAAUGGAUCAUUUCAUGGGUGGCCGUUGCAGGGUGGCCUCUGGCUGUGUUAAUGUUAAUUCCUACGUACUUCUUUUGUGGAAUCUUUCCCACUCCUCUGAACUUAAAAAUCACUCUAUCUUAUAUUGUGUUGGGCUUCUUAAGUGCUGCUGACAAUCUCAUGUAUGCAUAUGCUUAUGCCUACCUGCCGGCGUCAACUGCUUCUCUUUUGGCAUCAUCAUCUUUGGUGUUUUCUGCCCUAUUUGGAUAUUUUAUUGUGAAGAACAAAAUCAAUGCCUCAGUGGUAAAUGCUAUUGUAAUCAUCAGCGCUGCUAUGACGAUAAUUGCUUUGGAUUCGAAUUCAGAUAGGUACAGUUAUAUUACUGAGAGCCAAUACAUCGUGGGAUUCAUAUGGGAUAUUCUGGGAUCUGCUCUCCAUGGGCUCAUAUUUGCUCUUUCAGAGUUAGUUUUUGAUAAAUUACUAGGGAGAAGAUCUUUCCAUGUUGUUUUGGAGCAACAAGUCAUGGUUUCCCUCUUUGCUUUUGUGUUCACCACGAUUGGGCUCAUUGUGAACAACGAUUUCGAAGGGAUGAGCUCUGAGGCAGAAACUUUNAACCCUCAGACCUGA